GAUAGACAAAUUGAUGUUUUAAAAGAUAAAAAGUUAUUUUAAUCAAUUUAUAUGAAAUUUUCUCUUAACAAAAUUUCUUUUUUAUUUAGAAAACAUUAUCCAAUGCCAUGGAAUUUUCUUCGAAAAGAUUUUAAUCUUCGUCUUUUUAAUUCAUUUCAAAAUCUAAUUAAACUUCGUCGUUCAAAUAAAGAUCUUCAAGAAGGACCAAUUAAUUUCUUUUUUGAAGAUGAAAAUAAUCGAAUACUUGCUUAUUCUCGUGGUUUAAAUUUAAUUAUUAUUACAAAUUUUGAUCAAAAACCUAAAGUGAAAUAUAUUAUUUCAAAUCUUCCUCAACAAGGAAAAUGGAUUGAUUAUCUUACUAAUGAACAAGUUGAUGUUGAUCAAGUUAAUAAUUUAACAUUGACCUUAUUACCAUUUCAAUCAAGAUUAUUUAUUAAACUUAUUUAA